UAUAGCAUUUCCGCUUCCGUUUUCGUUUAUUUCAUGAUGCGUCGAUAUUCUAAACAAGUCUGAAGUUAAUAAUGUUCUCUUUCAAAUCUAAAUCAGAAAGAAAUGUACAAAGAAGACGUUUUACGAUCAUACAGUCGGGAUUUGAGUGGCGGGCUCGAAAAUGUUCCUGUUUUGAUUGAGAACGCUAUUCCCAAAGAGGCUUUUUCCAGUUUUCAGUAUGCGCCAGAAAAUGUACAAGGACCAGGCUGUGACAUUGAUCCUAGUGCGGUGACCCUCCCUGGCUGCUCAUGUCGUGCCCAAUCCUGCCUGCCCGACAGCUGCCCCUGCCUGCGGUUCGGCCAGAUGUAUGACAGCAAGGGAUGUCUGAACCAACAGCAAGAGGACGGCGUCUACAGCAGGCCUGUAUUCGAGUGCAAUGCCUUAUGCGCCUGCAGCGAGUCCUGCCAGAACCGUGUCGUUCAAAAGGGGGUCGAGGUUCGUCUGGGUGUUUUCAGCACCAAGGACAGGGGCCUGGGGGUGGAGGCUCUCGAGCACCUCCCUUGUGGCCGAUUCGUAUGCGAAUACGCCGGGGAAGUAAUCGGGUCUCAUGAGGCCCGUCGCCACCAGCUCUCUCAGACUCCCCUAGAUAUGAACUACAUCAUUGCUGUGCAGGAGCACAGCGGAGGGGACAGGGUCACCCAGACGUUCGUGGACCCCGUGACCGUAGGCAAUGUGGGAAGGUUUAUCAACCACUCUUGCCAGCCUAACCUGGUCAUGGUGCCCGUCCGAGCGCAUUCACUGCUGCCUAGACUCGCUCUGUUCGCAAAUCGUGAUAUAGAAAGGUACGAAGAACUGACUUUUGACUAUGCAGGUGGACAAAAUAAAACAUUAAGCGGGACACACACAGGGCCCAAUAUUGGUGAAACACCACUGAGAAAAGUCUGUCACUGUGGGGCUUCAAACUGCACAGGAUUUUUACCCUUAGAUAUGUCAGUUCUUCAUUAAAUAAAGUGUUUAAUGUGUCCUAAUGAGUUUAUUAUUAAUGUUUUGUUUUAAAGUUAAUUUAAUAUUUAAAACUUGAAUUUAUAUUUAUAUAUCAUGACCGAUUUAACAUUUAAAGUCUGAAACUCCAGCAGAAAUGCUUAUUUAUUAUUAUUAUUAUUAUUUUUUUUUUUUAAAUUAGGGGCAAAUGUUUUCUGUGCUGAUUAAAACAUGCACAAGAAAAAUGCAAGAUAUAAAUAUAUUUUAUGUUUUUUUAAAACAUAUGCGUGUACAUUUAGCAAUAAAUCUUUUAUGGCAAAUUCUUUGACACUUUUUUAUAAGGUUUAAUUUGUUUACAUUAGUUCGAAGUAAAUAAAAAAGAAAAAUAUUUGUAAUUAAUAUUCCUAUAUUAAUUAUAUAUUUUAACAUUACAAGUUGUAUGAACUAAAAAAGAACAAAUAUAUAUUUGUACAGCAUUUAUUUAUCUAUUUUAACCUUUCAAGUUGUAUAAAUUAACAUUUAUUUUAGUUAAUGUAUUAUGAAGAAAUAUGAGUAUAUUUAUGAACAAUAACCUAGAUUUAUAGAUGCUGUAAAAAUUCUGUUUCUGUUUUCGGAAAUUGAAAUAAAGCUGAAAUGAAAAAACAACAACAACAAAUUUUAGAAAAAAAAACAAAAAAAAAAAAAAAAAAAAACGUACAUUUUUAAAUUAAAAAAAGUCAACUAACCACAGUUCAUAAGUUUAAAUUCUAAAAUUACCAAAACUAAAACUUAAAUAAAAAAUAAAUUAAAGGUAGAUAGAAAUAUAAAAGCAAUUAAAAACAUAUACAAACCUAAUAAAAACAAAACAAAAAUACUAACGUGACAAAACAAUUUAAAAUGAAACCUAAAAAAAUGUAAUAACAUCUAAUUCAAAAUAUUAAUAAAUAAGUAUAAUACUGUAGUAUAAUACUAAAAUAACACUGUUCAUGAUAGCUUAUGCAUUGACUAUACAUACUUUUUCCAUUAUGUGAAGAUAUUUUUCAUGAUUUCCCAGAUUUAUCUGACCAUAAGCUUGUAUUUAGAUUUUUUUUAUGAUGAAAGAAAUUGAAACCAUAAAUAGUCAUAUGUACAUUGUUUAUUGUUAUCUAUUGCAAAUUGUUAGAUAUUGUAAAUUAUUAUGUUUAAAAAUAUAAUACAUUUUUGUAACAUGUCUAUGAUGUCAUAGACUGAAACAUAGAGCUAAAUAUAAAAAAAAUUAAUUAUAAAUGACAAAAAAUAUUAUUAAAUAAUAAUUAGCAAAAAUAUUAUACAUUAUAUGUUAAAUGUAAUAAAUUAACCUAUUUUAAAAAUAUGUAAUAGUUUCUAAAAAUUUAUUAUAGCACAUGUUUAAGACGUUAUACACUGAGACAGGGGGCUAAAUAUUUGAAUUAACAAAAAUAAUAAAAUAUGGCGUUAUUAAAAAAUAAUAAUUAGGAUAAUUAGAAAAAGAAAAAAAUAGAAAAUAUUGUUAGCAUAUUUUGAGUUAUUAAAAUAAUUAGAAAUAUAUAUAUAUAUAUAUAUAUAUAUAUAUUACAAUAAGACAAUGAAUCUUAUUUAUUAGCAGACUGAAUCCAAACAAAUUGAUCAUUACUGUAACGUGUUACCACAAACUUUAUCAGUUUCCCCAAAAUGCACACCAGCAGCAGCAUCUUGUGUGUCUCACCAUAAGUGUCUCCUUUAAGAGAAGUCUGAUUUUCUCACCAUAUCCUGGUGGGUAAUGAGCAAUUAAAAAGGGCCCAUGGGUGUUUUAAUAUAGUAACUGUCACACAAGGGUGGGAGUGACCCAUUUCACUCUGACGCCACCCUGAAAUCUGCCCCCUACCCUCCUCUCCAUCUGCCCCAUUUCCACUCCAGCCUGCUUUCAUCUCCACCGCAAUAUUAAUAUCCACAUCUGGGUUAAUUAGCACCGAGACCAGAAACCAGAGCAAACCACAAGGCAUGCUGGGUAGAAACGAUUCCAUCUUUAUCAGUGACAUUUUACACAUCAAGUUUGGUUACGUCGUCUUUGGAAUUAUGGACUGAACUUCCUGUUUCUUGUUGAAAUCUCUGUGCUGUUUAAUUAUUAUUGUUAUUUUUUUUUUUUGCAUGAAUAUAUUAUUAUUUAUUACACUGAAUAAUUCUGUUAUUAUUAUUAUUAUUAUUAUUAUAAAUAAAUAUUAAUUUAUUCUGACAUGUUUAGGAUAUCAUACCCUGACAUAGGGACAGAAAUAUUCAUAUUAAUAACACAAAUAUUAUAUUAGAUUUAAUAAUUAAUAUAAAUUAGUACAUGUCUGGGAUGUCAGACUGAGACAGAGAGCUGAAUAUAAAAAAUUAAUUUUAAAUUAUACAAAUAUUAUUAAUAAAUAAUAAUAAUUUAUAUAUAAUAAAUUAACAUUUAAAUUUUGUGUGUGUGUGUGUGCAGUUUAUUUUUUCAUGAAUAUGUUAUUUUUUAUAAUACUAAAUAAUUAUGUUAUUAUAAAUUAAUGUUAUUUUAAAUAUAUAAUAAUUUAUUAUGACAUUUAGAAUAUCAUACACUGACACAG